CCACUCUCUCUCUAAAAUCUUCCAUUCUUGCUACCUUGCUUUCCAGACACCCCUCUCCCCCUUACUCCCACAUUUUCAACUAAUCACAAUACUUAAUUCCCCACCAUUACUCCUCCAACAAGUAAACACACACAGUCCAUGAACACUCAGACCAAACUUGCUAUGAUUACUCACUUGUUGUUGUUGUUGUCUUGCUUGAAUCAGACUCUUCACUGAUUCCUCUUUCCCUCCUUAUUUAAACACUUUGAAAAAAAAACACCCACAAAAUAAAAAUCGAAUCUUUAUUCACAAAUUCAAAAUGUGCAACGCCCCAUCUGCCGAAGCCUCGGAGGCCAUGAAAUUCGUGGAUUUCUGCAAGAAGAUGAAGCGUUUUCGGCCGUUUGAGCCGUCGGUUGGGGUUCUGGGGUUGGCGGUUGGGGUUAUUUUUUGCUUCUUUUUGUUGGAUUACAGAAGUGUGAGUAAAGGGGCGAGAUUUGCUUCUCAGAAUGAGAGGUUUCUGUGGCUGAGGAACGACGGCGGCGUUGUGGGUCGGAAAAAGAUUGAUUUUUUGAGCGAGGGUGGUGGUGGGUGCGACGUGUUUGAUGGUGAUUGGGUGUGGGAUGAGAGGUAUCCGCUGUAUCAGUCGAGGGAUUGCAGAUUCUUGGAUGAUGGAUUCAGGUGCUCUGAAAAUGGACGGCCGGAUUUGUUCUACAUGAAGUGGAGGUGGCAGCCUAAAGAUUGCAAUUUGCCCAGAUUUGAUGCAAGGAUGAUGCUAGAGAAACUGCGAAACAAACGAGUUGUGUUCGCAGGAGACUCGAUUGGAAGAAACCAGUGGGAGUCUCUGCUAUGCAUGCUGUCUUCGGUGGUUCUUGACAAGACUGCGGUGUAUGAAGUAAACGGAAACCCCAUCACAAAACACAAGGGCUUCCUUGUUUUCAAGUUUGCAGACUACAACUGCACGGUGGAGUACUACAGAGCCCCGUUUCUUGUACUGCAAAGCCGGCCUCCUCCCAGAGCCCCACCGGUGGUCAAGACUACACUCAAACUAGGUGAAAUGGAUUGGAUGUCUUCCAAAUGGAGAGACGCGGACAUCCUCAUCUUCAACACCGGCCACUGGUGGAACUAUGAGAAGACUGUCAGAGGUGGCUGCUAUUUCCAAGAAGGACCGGAUGUGAAGAUGGAUAUGGAAGUCGACAGCGCGUACCAGAAGGCCUUGGAGACCGUCACCAGAUGGAUUCAUCGCGAAGUGAACACCACCAAGACACAAGUCUUCUUCCGCUCAUACGCUCCUGUCCACUUCAGGGGCGGUGACUGGAGAACCGGGGGAAACUGCCACCAGGAGACGCUGCCGGAGCUUGGAGCUUCACUCGUGCCAUCUCACACGUGGACUAAAUACACCAUUUUCUCCCAAGUCAUAGCGAAUUCAUCCGAGCUCAGAGAAGUUGAUGUGCUUAAUGUGACUCACAUGACGUCGAGGAGGAAAGAUGGACACUCUUCUUUGUACUACUUGGGACCAAAGGGUGGCCCCGCGCCAAUUCACAGGCAAGACUGCAGCCACUGGUGUCUGCCGGGGGUGCCUGAUACGUGGAACGAGCUGCUGUACGCCCUCCUUUUGAAGCGCGAAGUGGCUAAAGCAUCGAACGUGUCGCGUUUUCACGCACAGGCAUGAUCAAGCAUGGCUUGUGUAAAUAGUAGUAGUAUAUAUAGAGAGAGAGUUAUCUAUGGUGCAAGAAGAGGGAUCAGUUUUGGGUGAAAGAAGAAGUGGCAAAGCCAUGAUCAUCUGACAUAGGAAUAGCAGAAUCAUAGGUACAUGUUUUUUUAUUAGUAUUAGUAUUUCAUUACUAGAUCUUAAGUUUAUUGGUAAGUUAGCAAGAUGAAGACAGUAAUUAUUCCUUCAUUUUCAACAUUUUUAUUUAUUUUGGGGUUUUUUUGGCCCCUCUUGCUAUUGCAAAAGUAGAGUUGUAGAAGGUAAAUUCUAUGAUUAUUUUAA